AUGGAUCAAUUUUUAACUUUUAUAGGUUUUAACAAUCCUGCUUGUGGAAUAGUGGGAUUUUUAGAGGUCUCAAGUUUAUUCUUGAAAUAUUCUUCAAAACUCAAAAGUACUUUUAAAAGAGCAAGGAACAUAACUGAAGAUAAUAUUACAUGGCUUCUUAAUUUAUUUGAAUUCUCGUUUAAAAUAUG